AUGUCUUUGGUUUGUGCAAUCUCUAACGAGGUGCCAGAGCACCCGUGCGUGUCUCCGGUGUCCAGCCAAGUGUUUGAACGCCGGCUCAUCGAGAAGUACAUUGUAGAGAAUGGGACGGACCCGAUGAAUGGACAACCACUGUCCGAGGAACAGCUUGUCGAUAUUAAAGUCUCCCAUCCUAUUAGACCAAAGGCACCAUCAGCUACAAGCAUUCCUGCCAUUCUAAAAUCCCUCCAAGAUGAAUGGGAUGCCGUAAUGCUUCACAGCUUCACCCUGAGGCAGCAGCUGCAGACAACUCGCCAAGAGCUGUCGCAUGCCCUCUACCAACACGACGCCGCGUGCAGAGUCAUCGCUCGACUCACCAAAGAGGUCACUGCGGCCAGAGAAGCUCUUGCCACACUCAAACCCCAGGCUGGGUUGAUUGCACCUCAAGCAGCUCCUGCCUCUCAGCCAGCCGUAGUGGGUGCUGCUGGAGAGCCUAUGGAGAUUAGUGAACAAGUGGGCAUGACUCCAGAGAUCAUCCAGAAGCUUCAAGACAAGGCCACCAUUCUCACCACAGAGAGAAAGAAGAGAGGAAAAACUGUUCCAGAGGAGUUGGUUAGAGCUGAAGACCUUGGCAGAUACCGUCAAGUGGCCUCUCAUGCUGGUCUUCACAGUGCCAGUGUGCCAGGUAUUCUUGCAAUGGAUCUGUGUCCUUCAGACACCAAUAAAGUGCUCACUGGUGGCGCUGAUAAGAACGUUGUGGUGUUUGACAAGAAUGAGGAGCAGAUAGUGGCAACGCUGAAGGGUCACACCAAGAAGGUCACUUCUGUGAUUUACCAUCCAUCCCAGUCUGUGGUUUUCUCCGCAUCUCCCGACACCACAAUUCGCGUGUGGUCCGUUACCGGGGGCAACUGCGUCCAAGUCGUGCGUGCCCACGAGGCGGGUGUCACUGGAUUGUCCUUGCACGCCACUGGGGACUACCUGCUCAGCUCCUCUGAGGAUCAGUAUUGGGCCUUUUCUGACAUCCAGACCGGCCGAGUCCUUACCAAGGUCACCGACGAAAGUGCCGGUUGUGCUCUCACCUGUGCUCAGUUCCACCCUGAUGGUCUCAUCUUUGGUACUGGAACUGCUGACUCUCAAAUCAAGAUCUGGGACCUGAAGGAGCGCACCAACGUAGCCAACUUCCCUGGCCACGCUGGCCCCGUCACCUCAAUCGCUUUCUCUGAGAACGGAUACUAUCUGGCUACAGGUGCACAAGAUAGCUCUCUUAAACUCUGGGAUUUGAGGAAACUGAAAAACUUCAAGACUAUUACACUGGACAACAACUACGAGGUGAAAUCCCUAGUGUUUGACCAGAGUGGUACAUACCUGGCCGUAGGAGGGUCCGACAUCAGAGUCUACAUCUGCAAACAGUGGUCCGAGGUCCUCAAUUUCACAGACCACACAGGUUUGGUGAGCGGAGUGGCCUUUGGAGAGAACGCUCGAUUCCUCAGCUCCGCUGGAAUGGACCGAAGUCUGAAAUUUUACAGUUUGCAGAACGUAAAUUGA